AUGUCUCGAUUUUCAAAAGGCAAGCGCCAGCCUGGUGCUGAAUUUACAUGGGACGGAGAACCUGGUGGUGCACCUGAUACAGCUCCUACUCCCCUCUAUCCAGCAUAUGUCGUCCCUUGGGCCCGCAAACUCUCCCCGAAAGAACAAAAUGAAGUCGACUACUACCGUCACUUGCGCGAGAUGUAUCAGGAGGGCCCCUUCUACUCUGUCCUUAACUCCGCCUCCUCAUCGGCCAAGAAAGGCUCCGCCGCACGCGUUAACUUCGACCCUUUCACCGGGAUGCCAUCUUACUCCGGGCGUUAUCAGAAGAAGAGGCGAACGAUCCCUCGCAUUGAUCCUAGUGGUCGCCAACACGAGUACGAGAUGAAAUUCUUCCCUCGUGAACUCUGGCAGACCAUUCAACCCAGCUUCCGCCCCGAUGCAUCCCUGGAGGGCUUCUUGCCCAUGAGCGCUACCAGUGGUUUGAAGCGGGGAUUCGAGGACGAUGAAGAUGAUGAUGGCGAGGAGUCAUCCAAGAAGCGUGAGGCUGGAGAUGAGGAUGAGGGAGAGGGUGAUGCGGAUGAAGGAGACGCUCUCGAUGACGAGGAAGGUCGCGAAGAAUGGGAAGAGGAAAACGACUUCGAAGACGAUGAGGAUGAGAUGGGUGGCGAUUACAACGCCGAGCAGUACUUCGAUGGUGGUGACGAUGAAUAUGGCGAUGAUGGAUUCGGAGAUGGUGGUGGUGGCGGUGGUGAGGAUGAGCUGUGA